AAGGGGGUGGGGGGGAUGAUACCUCCUUAUGUGCGAGCAAUGCAGUUCACCGGCUUUCCUCCGGAGUCGGUCGCGGAGAGCGCAAGUCCAACUCAAUUUUGCAUCCGUGCGCGUGUGCUUGCAAUAAAAGGAGGGCAAGGUUUUUUUGUCCGAAUAUUUUGCACAGACGUCUAUGAGAUUCAUGUUUGCAAGCAAGAUAUCGUGUCAUUGAUGAGGUGGACGUAAACAUCUGUCCCGAUUUUAACAACGCCGUGCCGAUGAGCCUGAAUUGUGAAAGUUUGCCGGCAGUUUCCCCGGAAGGUAGCUCGUCCGUCUCCUCGAGGAAUUCCUAAGGAAUAACACGUGUGGAAAACGGGAGACUCGGGAUUCCGCCCGGAACGACGCGCUUCUCCACGAUGAAGAGGCGCCAGAAACGUGUGCUGCAGAUGGCAUUUUUAUCCACCGUAGCUCUGAUUUUCCUGCCCAACGUUGGUCUGUGGUCCUUGUACAAGGAGAAGUACCUGAUGAAGACCGGCGAGCAGGGUUUCCCACUGGGCCUGAACGAUGGACACCUGUACACAUGGACGGACGGCUUGAGGAGGAGGGACUGGCACGACAACGAGAGCAUCAGGAGGGACGAGCUGCGUGUCGGCAAAGGGGAGCAAGGGAAGCCCUAUCCGCUGGCAGAGGACGAGUGCGAUGAUUCUGCCUACAGAGACAACGGCUUCAACAUCUACGUGAGCGACAACAUCGCCCUGGAGCGAUCUCUGCCCGACAUCCGGCACCCGACCUGCAAGCAGAAGCUCUACCUGGAGAAACUACCCAACACCAGCAUCAUCAUCCCCUUCCACAACGAGGGCUGGUCUUCGCUGCUCAGGACCAUCCAUAGCGUCACCCGGCGCACGCCAGACCACCUCAUCGCCGAGAUCAUCCUGGUGGACGACUUCAGCGACAGAGAACAUCUGAAGGCGUCCCUGGAGAACUACAUGAUGAGGUUUCCGAAGGUGAGGAUCAUCCGGACCAAGAAACGGGAAGGUCUGAUCCGAACUCGCCUCCUGGGGGCCAGCGUGGCCAGGGGGGAGGUCCUCACCUUCCUGGAUUCGCAUUGCGAGGCCAACGUGAACUGGCUGCCCCCCCUACUGGACCAGAUCGCCCAGAACCCGCGGACCAUCGUCUGUCCCAUGAUCGACGUCAUCGACCACAACCACUUCGGCUACGAGGCGCAGGCGGGGGACGCUAUGCGGGGGGCCUUUGACUGGGAGAUGUACUACAAGCGCAUCCCAAUCCCGCCAGAGCUGCAGGGUGCUGACCCCAGCGAGCCCUACCCAUCUCCAGUGAUGGCCGGGGGCCUCUUCGCCGUCAACCGGGAGUGGUUCUGGGAACUGGGAGGCUACGAUAUGGGCCUGGAAAUCUGGGGAGGGGAGCAGUACGAGAUAUCAUUCAAGGUGUGGAUGUGCGGGGGCAGUAUGUAUGACGUGCCUUGCUCCAGGGUGGGGCACAUCUACAGGAAGUACGUCCCGUAUAAAGUGCCCUCCGGAACCAGCCUGGCCAGAAACCUGAAGCGGGUGGCGGAGACGUGGAUGGAUGAGUACACCGAGUACAUCUACCAGCGCCGGCCGGAAUACCGGCACCUAUCCACCGGUGACCUGACGGCCCAGAAAGCCCUGCGCAAGCAGCUCAAGUGCAAGGAUUUCCGGUGGUACAUGGAGACCGUGGCCUGGGACAUACCCAAGUACUACCCCCCCGUGGAGCCUCCGCCUGCCGCCUGGGGGGAGAUCCGGAACGUGGCCACGGGCCUCUGCAUCGACAGCAAGCACGGGGCCACGGGGAGUGAGCUGCGCCUGGAAGCCUGCCUGCAGGAGCGGGCCGAGCGGACCUGGGCCCACGAGCAGAUCUUCACCUUUGGCUGGAGGGAGGACAUCAGGCCCGGGGACCCGCUGCACACCCGGAAGUUCUGCUUCGACGCCGUGUCACAGAGCAGCGCCGUAACGCUGUACGACUGUCACGGCAUGAAGGGCAACCAGCACUGGCGUUACAGGAAGGAUAAGUCUCUGUACCAUCUGAUGAGCAGCGGCUGCAUGGACUGCAGCCCCCGUGAUAAGCGGGUCUUCAUGAGCGCCUGUGACCCCGAGUCAGCGACACAGCGUUGGCUCUUCCGCCACAUCAACGCCACCGUCCUGGACAAGUUCGAGAGCCCAACCAGCUCCUAGGCUCGGCCCGUGCAGCGAGCCGCCGGUGAGAGCCAGGCCGGGCGUCCCUGGGACCCCGGUGCUAUUCGGGUUUUGAGACGCUCCCACUCCUUUCGGACCCCCACCCCAGACCGGCUCCCCCUAAUGCCGAAUGGGGAGGGGGCACCACGGAGUUGGGCCGACCCAGACGGGCUUCGGGCGAGGCCUGGCCAACAGGGAGCAGCUGCAGGAUGCGGGAAUGACAAGGCCCACCUCGCCUGGCUGGUCAGUGCGGGAAUGCGGGAGUACAGACACAUGGACACUGCAUUACAGCCGAAGUCGGGUUAGUAGCACAAUGGAGAUCUGACAUGUGAUAAAAGCAGGAACAUCGAUACAACGCUGACUUCAUGUUCUUAGGAAUUACAGCAAGUUCCCUUUGAGUGAUCUGACUUAAUUUGUCUAUAUAAUUUUGUUUAUUUCUGUUUGUUUGUCUAUUUAUUUCCCUGUUUGUUUUUUUGUUAUUUUACAUCAGCUAGCUGUAAUAGUACUGGACAAUGCGAGACAUUAAAAUAAAUGGUGAAAAACACGAUUUUGAGAGAACCAGUAAAAUAGCCAGUGUCCAAAACGAACUGUCAGCAAAUGAAUAGUUAUCUAUCAUGCAAAAAAAUAUUAGGAUAAGAAAUGUUUUAUAGUUUUGUUUUGUGUUUUUUUAACAAGCAAAUAAUGUAAAAUGAAAUA